AUGCCACGCCCCUUCCGGCUCGUCUCCCGGCAACGGCUGCACAAGAGGUCCGCCAUGCUGGGCACAGCGGGGCAGUCUCCAGGAGCCGUCUCACUGCCGCCGGCCAGUACCCUCCACGGCCUCUACGCCUGGCUGGACCGACUCCCGCUCAGCCGCCCCAAGCGCCAUCUAGCUCGGGACUUCAGCGAUGGCGUAAUGCUGGCGGAGAUCGUCAAGCACUUCCAUCCCCGGCUCGUGGACCUGCACAACUACACCCCCACGUGCAACACGGAUCAGAAGCUCAGCAACUGGCGCGUUCUCAACAGGAAAGUCUUGCACAAGCUGAGCUUCUGUGUCUCAGAGACGGAUAUCCGCAAGGUAGUGGCCAAUAGGCCUGGGGCCAUCGAGCCCAUCCUCUGUGCUCUGCGGGACAAGAUAGAGAGUGGCACUGCCCGCGUGGACCUGCCUGCUGUCGCGUCUGCAGGAUCAGGACUCUUUGGCAUGGACACCCUCCAGCCCCAGGUGGACCUCGCCACCCCCACACACACCGGCCUGCCAAGACCCCCGGCUCCUUCCAGCAGGAAGGCCACUCAGGAUGGGAGUGCUCUAGAGAAGAUGGGCCACUGUGCCUGUAGAGGUUGGGACCCAGCUGGCGGGCCCUGGGAGCAUCCGGACCCCAGGACCCAGCAUCUUUUGGAGGACCAAGAGCAGGCACUGGCUGUCCUGCAGGAGAUGAUCAAGAUUUUGCAGAUGAAAGUGGUCAGGCUGGAGCACCUGGUGCAGCUGAAGGACCGGCAGAUUGCAGAGCUUGCGAGGCCCAGAUGUGAGGAGCACGGAGGCCCACCAGGAAGAGCCCCCCAGCCUGAGUCAGCCAGACCCUGAGCCUCCCUCAGACCUGAGGGAUGCUUCCAAGUGUGGCCAAGCACUGUCUGGCACAAGUGCUCUCAAGUGCAGCCAAGCGCUGUCUGGCCCUGCUCUCCAGGGUCCUGCCAGGU